AUGGCAUACAGCCUCCACCAUCACCCGCAUCCUAAACCCCCCCACACUUCCUGCGCCGUCCACCCGCCCGCCGACCCCCGCGCCGUCCACCCGCCCGCCGACCCCCGCGCCGUCCACCCGCCCGCCAACCUCCGCGCCAUACACCCGCCCCCCAACCCCCGCGCCGUCCACCCGCCCGCCAACCCCCGCGCCGUCCACCCGCCCCCCGACCCCCGCGCCGUCCACCCGCCCGCCCACCCCCGCGCCGUCCACCCGCCCGCCAACCCCCGCGCCAUACACCCGCCCCCCAACCCCCGCGCCGUCCACCCGCCCCCCAACCCCCGCGCCGUCCACCCGCCCGUCAACCCCCGCGCCGUCCACCCGCCCGCCAACCCCCGCGCCGUACACCCGCCCGCCAACCCCCGCGCCGUACACCCGCCCGCCAACCCCCGCCCCGUACACCCCCGCGCCAUCCACCCCCGCGCCAUACACCCGCCCCCCAACCCCCGCGCCGUCCACCCGCCCGCCGACCCCCGCGCCGUCCACCCGCCCGCCGACCCCCGCGCCGUCCACCCGCCCGCCCACCCCCGCGCCGUCCACCCGCCCGCCGACCCCCGCGCCGUCCACCCGCCCGCCCACCCCCGCGCCGUCCUCCCGCCCGCCCACCCCCGCGCCAUACACCCGCCCCCCAACCCCCGUGCCGUCCACCCGCCCGCCAACCCCCGCGCCGUCCACCCGCCCGUCAACCCCCGCGCCGUCCACCCGCCCGCCAACCCCCGCCCUGUACACCCGCCCGCCAACCCCCGCCCCGUACACCCGCCCGCCAACCCCCGCCCCGUACACCCCCGCGCCAUCCACCCCCGCGACAUACACCUGCCCCCCAACCCCCGCGCCGUCCACCCGCCCGCCAACCCCCGCGCUGUACACCCGCCCGCCAACCCCCGCGCCGUCCACCCGCCCGCCAACCCCCGCGCCGUCCACCCGCCCGCCAAUCCCCGCGCCGUACACCCGCCCGCCAACCCCCGCGCCGUACACCCCCGCGCCAUCCACCCCCGCGCCGUCCACCCGCCCGCCAACCACCGCGCCGUCCACCCGCCCGCCAACCCCCGCGCCGUACACCCGCCCCCCAACCCCCGCGCCGUACACCCGCCCGCCAACCCCCGCGCCGUACACCCCCGCGCCAUCCACCCCCGCGCCGUCCACCCGCCCGCCAACCCCCGCGCCGUCCACCCGCCCGCCCACCCCCGCGCCGUCCACCCGCCCCCCAACCCCCGCGCCGUCCACCCACCCGCCAACCCCCGCGCCGUCCACCCGCCCGCCAACCCCCGCGACGUACACCCGCCCCCCAACCCCCGCGCCGUCCACCCACCCGCCAACCCCUGCGACAUACACCCGCCCCCCAACCCCCGCGCUGUCCACCCCCCCGCCAACCCCCGCGACAUACCACCUCUACCACCCCUCACGGCAUACACCCACCGCCACCAUCACCCGUGGCAUACAGCCCUCGCACCCACCGCCUGCGGCAUACACCCCGCUCACCCGCAGGAUACAGCCCCCCCACCCCUCGCAGAAUACACUCCCCACUACCAUCACCCAUGGCAUACCCCCCUGCCUGCGGCAGACACACCCCACCCUCACCCGCACCCACAUCAGACCCCCACCCCGUGUCAGACACACCACCACCGGCAGUAA